CGUCACUCCCUCACUCAGUACAUCUCUGUCGACUCUCGUCCCUCUCGCAUCAAAAAGCUGUCCCUUUUUCCUCCACCUUAGCUCAAGACUUCAGUCCGGCGAACGAUCUCCAACCAACCGUUGGGUCAGAUCUCUCGGGUUGCUCUUCUUCUUCUUCUUCUUCUUCUUCUUCUUCUUUGUGCAGCGACGGAAAAGCUAUGGAGCUACUGAGGAGCUCGUGCCUGUGAUUGGAUGGAGGACGCCGCCGCUCGGGUCGGCGACCUUCCAAUUCCGAGCACUAGGAGGAAAUUGCGCGCCAUUUCAGGGCACGUGGUUCUGAACUCCGGGAAUGAGGUAAGUUCGCGGGAAACUGGUUUCUGGCGAAAUGUGGACGAUUCGUGGAAAAUUCACCGGGGUCUGGAGUUCAUGAGGCGCUUUGGCUCAUUCAAUGUCGAAAAAGUUGGAUUUUUAUUUUGUUUUCUCGCGGUUCAAGUAGAUUGAAAUUCUGGUAUUGAUUGGAGGAUUUUGCUGAUUUUUAUCGGCUCCAAGUGAAUUGCUGAAACUCUACCACUGCUGGCCUUCAUCUAAUUGACUGCGACUUGAUGAUUUCGAUGUAUUGAACUCAGUUUGUGAAAGCUGAAGUGGAAUUGGAAAAGCUUGCGUUCCAGAGAGAGAUCAAAAGCAAUCAAUAAUUUACUCAUGAGUUGGAGCAGUCAUUUGGGUUUCAAUCAGAUGAGAGAUCUAUAUAUGAGCAAGACCAAGAGCCACCUGAAAUGUUGCAAGAACGCCUUCAGGUGGUUGCAAGGCAGAGAGAGCAAAUGCAGCAGAUGGAGAUUGAGAUUAGAUCUCAGAUAAUUGCGAGAGCUGGGAUCGCAGAUAUUAAGAAGAGCUUUGAUGCUAAAGUCCACGAGCUCGCAAAAAAGCAGUUCCAUGAGAAGGAACUCAGCGAGAUUAUAGACUUGCAAAGGACGGUGGAAGAAAAAGAUAGGCAGCUCAUUACAGUCAAAAGAGACAAUGAGGCUAAACGGAGACAGAUUAUGGAGUUGCAGGAACAGUACAGAGUAGCUCAAGAAACUAUUAUGUCCAAGGAUGAGCAAUUGAGGGAAGCCCAAGAGUGGCUCUCUCGUAUUCAGGCGAUAGAUGCUUCUCAAUUGUCAACACUACAGAUUGAGUUGCGAGAACAUGCAGCCCGUUCUCGAGAAAUCAAUGGCCUGCAGUCCCCCACUAUCCAACAAUCUGAAUUGCGAGAGGAGAUGGAACAGCAACCGGUAUUGCCCCAAAUCUCGUUCCCCAUGGAGUCUCAGAGAGGGAAGACACCAAUUCAUGACGAAUGUCUUGUGAAUCCAAUGGCUGAAAAUGAGGACCGAGAGGAUGGGUUAGAUUGCAAUCACUUCGGUGACCUUGGUGAUGAUGGCCAUCAUCUCUGCAGAGAUCUUACAUACAAAGACAUAACUAAGGCAGAUGUCAUAGGCAUGGUGUUCGAUUCUUAUGAAGCAGCAGAAAAUUUCUAUAAGAGAUAUGCUCUUGCCAUAGGGUUUAGUGUGCGGAAACAGGACUUGAGGCGGAAGACGAACGGUGUCGUGGUCAUGCACAAGUGGGUUUGUAACCGGGAAGGGAGGCGGAGACAGAAGUUCUUGGAACUGGAAAACAGGCAGAGGAAAUCGAGGCCCAUAACCCGCGUGGGCUGCCCUGCCACCUUUCAGAUCCAUAUGGACAAUGCUGGUAAGUGGAUUGUGAAGCAGGCCAUUUUAGAGCACAACCACGAACUCGCCUCGCCGCUGGACACAUGCUUCCUCACCGAUAGAGCUCAUAUCAAGAGGGAGAAGAGGUCGAGAAGCUCAUAAAAUUCAGAAUUUGUCGGCGAAUGGAUCAUCCUGUGUACUGUUAGGUAGCGUUCGGGCAAGGCGUUCUUGUCAUCUCGAGGGAGUCUUGAGGCGAAGAGCGAUUCUAGGCUAAUUAUUAGAUUAGAAUCAUGUAAAACUUCUUCCCAUUGAAAUUAUCUUCAACUGUGUAUAUACUAUAUUAGUAUGCUCUUAUAUUGAGGGUCUUAAAUGGAAAGGGUUGAUAAGUUUGAAGAAUUGACUGCA